CGCACGUCAGAAGGCUGAUGACGGUGAUCGGCAUCUGGAAAGUGGAAAAUCCACGUCACUCGGUGUUUCGGAAACGGGUCUACCAAGUCUACUCUGUGUCGUUCCAAAUGUUCUGCUAUUCGGUAGCUUUGUCGUUACUCGCCGAAAUACCCGCGUUGGCAAAGUCUGACGUCAUGAGUGCGAUGGACAACGCGAACAGGUUCACGGUGUACAUAGUCAUCAUCAUCAAGAUGAUCGCGUGGCAAUCUAAAAGGAUGGUCGAUCUGCUUGGGGUCAUGUUGCAACGAAACUCGCAGAUUCAAGCAGCGUCACGAGUUGAUCUGGCGAUCCGCAGGUUGUAUCGCAAUCACGUGAGGUACAAUCUCAAGUUUGUGUUCGUCCUUGUCUCCUCUGGGGUUGUCAUUUCGCUUAGCAUUUCUAUGGCAGGAUUUGUGGGCGUGUAUCGAUUCAUCCAUUCGCCGGAAAAUGGAAAUGGCUCCGAAAAACCGCUGCCUCUUAAGUUCUGGUACCCUUUCGACAGCAAGCAGCACUACCUGCUAGCUUUGGCGGAUCAAAACAUUCGACCGACGCUGAGCUGUUUUUGUCUAGGUGUCACGAGUGCGUCGCUCAACUCCCUUGCGAUAUUCGUUAGGGUCCAGUUAAAAGUGUUGCAGCACCAUUUCAAGCACUUUCGCGGAGGGCUGGAAGCGGCCAUCGACAGUUUGAGGCCGCUGUGCAUCGAACACCAACGUUUGAUAGCAUAUACGAUAGAGUUCAGCGAAUCGCUCAGCAACCGUAAGUGUCACCCCAUUAGGUGCGUAGCUAGGCAAUGUUCCGUUUUCCAGGGAGAGGAGCUAUUAAUGAACUUCGCCCUGUUAACGUUCACCAUCUUCCAGCUGAUGACGUUUUCGUGGAACUGCAACGAGAUCAUAGUGCAGGUGCGUCUAUGUGAUCAGAGUUUGUUUUGUCGUCCAAUGUGGGCCCUAAAGGCGGGUUCCCGCAAAUAAUUUGAGAAAUAAAAAUUAAUAAGUGGAUUUUUAAGGGUUCAGCAGUUUCGUCAACUGGCGCAAGAACGCGUAUAUACCGGGUGCAUUGCAGAACCAAACAUAGAAAAUAUUGUUUCCCUUAUACAUUUUAAAGCAAAACUCGUAUGCCGAGUUUGAAUAAAUUAUUGAUCAGUCUAAUUAGAAAUUGUUUACAGCAUAGGUAAUAAAUCAAGCACCAGUAAAAUAAAAUUUGACAAUGACAACACGAAAAUUCGCCACAGUAAUAAUAUUUUUAUUUACGAUUGUUAUACGUUAUCAAACACGUUUUAAUCAAAGCUAAAUUGAAGAAAAAGUAACCAUAAUUAAGUGGUAUUAUGCAGGAAACAGAGCAGUGACUGAAAUGGUUUCGGUUCAUUUUCCUGCUGAAACUGUACCGUCGAUGUCAACAAAUAAAAAUUAAAUUAUUACCCAAUUCGUGUCCAAAGGCACCAUAAUAAACAACUGCAAAUGUUUAGCUGUCGAUAAUAGAGCAGAAGACAGAGACAAUAGCAACUGCAUGUAGAGGAAAACAAAUAAACAUCAAACCAUAUUGUUGGGCACAUUAAAAAAACACAAAUAUUUUUCCUAUAAAUACGAAAAGCACCAAGAGCUGGUAAAAGGUAAAUAAUUAUAGAUUUUUUAAAAACCAUAACGAAUCAAAUGUUCAAAAGUGUUGGUAUCGGAGCCUCAAAAAAUAAAUGUGUUGAUGGGAAUUUGCGGACGUCAUGUUAUUGGGCCAUUGUUUAUGCAUUAUAACCUCACGGCAGGAACCUAUUUGGACUGAUUACAAAAUCAAAUUGAAUCGACACUAGAAGAAGUUGUUCGCGAAGAUCAGAUACCAAACGGAUUGUUGUCACGCCCAUAAUUGCUGCAGGUAUUUGGGAAAUACAGUCGAAACUCUAUAUAGCGAAAUUGAAGGGACUGCUUUUUUUUCUUAGGAACAUUUUAUAUAAAUAUUUAAGAACUACAUUUAAUGUUUCAUGCUGAAAUUUAUAAUCUUCUCUUGAAGCUUCCUUGUCGCUUUAAGGGACGAGAAGAUCUUAAGUACCGGGUAUGAGUUUGAUUCUAAGAAAAACAUAAUAAAACCCACAUCCCUUUUUGCAUUUCUAAAUUGUAAACCAACCUUUAUUUGAUACGUCAUUGUCCAGCUUGACUUCGUCCACUUUUGGAAAUAUCGUGAUGACAAAUAUUCGCUGGUGUUUGUUGUAUUGACCUUUUGUAUUUGUAUUUAUUCAAACUCGGCAUAUUGCAAUGCCGUUGCGUGAGUCACAUCAUAACUACGAGAAAUGACGAAAUGAUCUUGAAGUCUUCAUCGCUUCGUUUGAAAAUGUUUUUGAAGAAAGAAGGCACAAUCCAUAUCUAAUAUAUUCUGCACUGUACUGUUGUUUCCUGUAUUUAUUUAUUUUUUUUGAUUCCGACAUACCUUGGGUUUCACA